AUGCGCCAACAAGAGGUCAUCGACCAUCUCCACCGCGAAAUCAAACACCUUCACCAACAGAUUCAGGAAAUACGAGAAGACAAGAGAAGCUUGCGAAGGGAAAAGGGCAUCCUCGAAGAGACGAUCAAGAGGUUGGAGAAGGAAAAGGCAGAGUUGAUAGUCAACUUGAUUGAGGCGAGGAAGUUGAACCCACAGGGUGUAGGCACUGAAGCUCAGACCCAGAUCCAAGUAUACGAGAUAGGCAGGAAUCAAGGGGACACGAAUUCCAAGAAUCCACAUCAUCAUGGGCAGAGUCAAAGCCAAAGCAAUAGCAACAAGCCAAAGGCUAAUCGAAAUAAGAGAUCUCAGAAAUCGUCCUCAAACUGGACACACCAAGGCAACGACGGAACAAAGGGGCAAAACAAUGCACCGCUGCAGACGUCUUCUGAGAACGGGUACCACCGGGCCCGCACCGAAGAGCCCCACCGCUCGUCGAAGGCGAAAGGCAAAGAAAAAGAAAUACCAACAGAGCCUCGAGCCGACCGCGACCGUGCACACCACCACGGAGAGUACCGUAAUGGGGGAAAUCGAGAUGGAGAUGGCGGACAUGAUGCCCACGAUCGAAGACCUCAUUCAUCCCAUUCAGGCACUCAGCCUCAACAACCAGCCCGACCAGACGGUGGGAUCCUCGACAGCCGCUUCCACGGAUCGGGUAUUCCAAAGUUCCGAACGUCCUCAUUUGCCGGAUCGUCGAGUUCAAAGCGGGUGGUUUAUGGGCCCGAAGACUUGAUCCCGGUCCCUGAGUUUAAAUUCGAUCAUUUUCCCCCAUCCCUGAUGCCAGCUGCGUCGAGAGGGAAUCAGCCUCAUAACACGACGAACGCUGCCAGCAGCAGUUCCGUUCGUGGGCGAUCCCAACCUCCCCCUCUCCCCAUUCGUCCCAACAUAACCCACCUAAAACGACCCCGUACAGAACCAGAAUCCAGAGAGAAAGCCCAUAAUAAUCACCCGAUUGACCACAAUUCCUCAAGUCUUCCUCCAUCAAAAUAUCGAAAGGUGGAACAAAGCCAAAAGGGAAGGAAAGAAGAUGCAUCGUCAACAUCAAGCAGCAGUUCUAGGUCUGUCAUUUCAAUUUCAAGCUCGUGCAGUUCCGAGAGUUCGUCGUCGUCAUCGAGCAGCUCGAAUGGUUGCCAAUCGGACAAGCCAAAGAAGAAGAAAAAGGGAAAGAAGAAAGGGAAAGGGUAG